AUGUUGGGUCCAGACGAAAACGGGGAUGACUCGGACGAGGAUGACGAUGAUGAUGACGAUGAGGUCGGGGAUCCCAAUCCGUCUUCGUCGAUAUCCAUGCCCGAGGAUGACGAGGACGAGCUUGAAGAUGACGAGGACGAGGUCGUAGAUGCCAUGGAGGUAUCAGAGGAUGAAGAUGAUGAGGACGACGACGAUGAGGAUCUUAUUCUCCUGCUUGAUCAUCUCGUUCACCAGCCCGUCGUACCUGGAGGGAAGGCGAUUUUUGUAGCCUUGGGCAUACUCCUUGCGGCCACCGAUGGAGUUGAGCCGCGUCGUGUCGCGCUCAUCGAGCUUUUGGAGCAGCUGAAAUCAUUUAACGAGAGCUUGGUAGUCCGACUCGCGAAGCCGGCUGAGCUUGGGCGGGCAUCCAAGAUCACAGUCAUCGCCAUCAUGGCGUGCAUUCUCGACAUCUUCUUAAUUGCGACAAAGCUCUUCUCUCCGUCUGCGUGGCGUACACGUAUCUCUCUCUUUCAUCAAGCGAUUACGAAAGAUCAGAGCAUCCAGGACGCGCUGAAACGACUACAGUCGCUCAUAAACAUGGACAUGCGCGCCAUCGCCACGGAGACGCAAGCCACCGUGGAAGAGAUUCAUGCCGCUAUCGCCGCUAUCAAAAAAUCUCAUGGGGUUGGCAUGUCUGAGCUCGAGGCAAUGAAAGAAGAACUUGAUCGCUUCCUCGAGCGCGAUCGCCAGCGGAGUACUGCUGCCAAUACCUCGAGGCUACUUGGGAUGCUCGAUCGCGUGGCUUCUGCGGACAUCGAUGCCCAAAACUCAAAUGGCUGUCUUGAUGGCACCCGUGUCGACCUCUUACGCGACCUCAUGCUUUGGGCUCGAGACUCUCGCUCACCGCGCAUCUUCUGGCUCAACGGCAUGGCGGGCACCGGAAAGUCCGCCAUAGCUAGGUCUUUCUCCCGCAAUCUACGCUCGGAAGGUCUCCUCGGUGGCACCUUCUUUUGCUAUCGCAUGAUCGCCGACCAGGCCGAGGCUAAAAGGAUCAUAUCUACGUUGGCAGUCUCUCUGGCGUUGCGCGACUCCCACUGCACCGAGGCAUUACUUGCCGAGCUCGGCAUUGAAUCGUCUGUUCGCGAAUGGAAUCUUGAAACACAGGUCAAGCGUCUAUUAUGCAAACCUUUUGGUGGCAUUGAGCAUGAUGAUGAUCCCAUGCCGAUAGUGGUUGUAGAUGCCCUCGACGAAUGCUCGGACGAGACGGUCACGAGUGAUCUACUAUCCAAGUUGAUAGAUUGUGUCGAUAGGCUGCCUGUCAAGUUCUUCUUGACGUCCAGGCCCGAGCCGCAUAUUCGAGAGAAUCUCGAGAACAUACGUCCUGAUCUCGGCGAUCUUGUGCGACUUCAUGAUAUAGAACACGUCAUUGUAGGGAAUGAUAUCUCUCGCUUCAUCUCACAUUCUCUUCACAACAUGCGCAAGAAGUUGCCUAUUGCGACUCUCCCCAGUUGGCCACCACAAGCAGACAUCGAGACACUCUCUCGUCUAUCUGGACGGCUGUUCGUUUAUGCAUCCACGGCCUUGCAGUACAUUCAGAGAAACCCCGUGGAGCGUCUUUCUAGACUCACGGGUGCCGUUGUGACCGCUGGUCAUGUCAUGACUCGAUCGCUAGACGACAUGUACAAGCUGAUCCUGUCUGAUGCAAUGAACACAGACGAAUAUGAAGCAGAUGAGAUCGAUCUGACCUGCCGGAUGAUAAGUGUCAUCGUCUCUCUUCAUGAGCCUUUGACUGUUAUAGCAUUCGCUCGUCUCCUUGGUGUUUCAGCGACCUGCAUUAGAGGUUCAUUAGACCGGCUGUACGCUGUGAUUUAUGUUCCGUCACAGGAUGACAACGGGUUCUUGUCGACAUUCCAUUACGAGUCAUCCCUGACUCGUUGA